AAAAAAAAAACUUACACAGGCGGACGACGGCGAGAAAAAGAGCGAGGGAAAAGUUAAGAGGGAGGCGAAAGCAAAAAGACAGAUGAAAAAGCUGGACACUGAACAGGGAGCCAACCAAAGACGAGAAUUCACGCUUUAAAUUAUGCCACUCCACAAAUCAUCCCGGGUCUCUCGCCUGGACCCUACUAUGAUCUCAGCCCCGCUGGGUGAUUUUCGCCACACGAUGCACAUAGGGAGGGGAGGGGACGUCUUUGGCGACACCUCCUUCCUGUCCACUGUUGGUCCAAGUACAGCCAAACCUGACCUGGGGAGUCCCGAGAUUGUCCCUUCUUCCUACCACAGUGACCUUCACGCAGGUGCACCAGAAAGCCCACAGAACAAUGAGCUGCAGCAUUCUGACUCAGUGUCUUCAUUAACCCUGGACCUGGACCUAGACCUGGACCUGGGUCCAUCUAUGCUGGGAGAUGUACUAGGGGUAAUGGAUGGUUUGGGGCUCAACUCUAAUGAAGCGGUAGUCGAAACAAACCAGGGGAAAGGGGCCAUGGAGAUGUCUGUGAACAUGCAGAAGGAGCUGACUGGGAAGAACUUGGCUGGGCAGGAUGGAAACCAGGUGGAAGACAGCAGGAUACCAGAUGUGAACGGGAUGAAGCCAAAGGGGUUACGACCAAAGGUGAGAUUCAGCGAUAAACGAGAGGAGAUCAUUCGUCAGGCAUCUGAAGAGGAAGAUAGUCAAGUGUUUGUCUUCCAGGAAGAGGAUCAGGAUCCUGAAGCUUGUAAUAGUCCAGUGAGGCGUGAGAGCGAGACGGGCAAAAGUCCAUCAGAUGAAGUUGAAAUUGAGUUCACCAAUCACAAAGCAGAUUUACCACCUAGUCCUGCCUCAUCACAUAGCUCAGAGUAUGAAGGGGUCACUCCACUGGACAGGAGGAGGGUUGGCAGCUACCAUUCAGAGACUGAUUCAGAGGAGGAGGAGGAGGAGGAGGAAGAGGAAGAAGGACGAGGCUACACAUUUGAAGAUGAGUUUGAUGAUGAAAUUGGUCUAUAGGGGAUAAACUGUGCCAACAGAUCUUUGCUGUCAAGUAAAUCAAGUAUACUGUAUUUUCCUUAUUUCGUCAUUCCUCCACCAAGGACAUACCACAUGUGACCAAAGCUGUUGAUUUGUCCGUGAACGAGAUUACGCAAAAACUACAAAGCUGAAUGUUAUGAAACCUUGUGGAGAAUUGGAGCAUAAUCAAAGGACGAACCAAAUGUGGAUCCAAAGGACUUUGUUUUAGAUUACAGAACAGGAUGUUGGCCUUGGUGGGGGACUGCGUUCUCAGAGUACCUUUCUAGUUUCAGUAGCUUGUGAAUGGGAGGUUUAAAUACAUUAUAUCUGACCGCCAACUGGAUUUUUCAAAUCUCAAAGAGACAGUGUUGCUCAACUGGAAAAGACAUUUAUCUACAAGGGUUGCUGAAGAUUUGCUGAAAACUUGAUCAUAAAAAAAAAAAAAAAAUCAAUGUGCCUUUUUGG